AUGCCAGGAGAAGGCAGCCAGGGCCAGCAGCGAGCGCUGCUGCGCCCGCGGGCUUGGAGCCAGCCCGUUUCCUCCGCGGCGGUGCGGGAGAAAUCCGCCCUGCAGCCAGGCUGCUUCCGAGCAGAGGAAGCCGCGGGUGGCGCCGGCCACGUCCCUCUCUUCACAGGGCCGCCCUGGGCGUCGCGGGGACAGCGAUGCCGGUACCGCGGCGGGCGGCCCUGCUCCGCGCCCCCAGCAGCGCAGGGGCUCCUCUCGCCGCCCUCCGCGACCGCCAGCACCCCGCCCGCGUGCGACAGGUACGGCGUGCCGGGCUGUCCCAGGAACUUCAACCCCGUCUGCGGCACCGAUGGCAGGACCUACUCCAACGAGUGCAUGCUCUGCCAGUCCAACAGUGAACAUAGAAAGGAUGUCCAAAUCUUCAAGAGGGGGAGUUGCUGA